AUGCUGCUAAAUUCCCCCUUGUCUGCGGACGUUUUGGUCAUACCAAAUCCUACUAAGGUCAAGAUCCCAGCCAUCACUCCCUUCUAUGGCACUCAGUGCCCCGAGGAACACAUGAUAGCUUGCAAGAAUUUGAUGAUGUUGUACACCACGGACCUAGCACUUUUAAUUAAAUUCUUUCCAAUUACCUUGAUAGGCCUAGCCCUGACAUGGUAUACUUCUCUUCCUAAUGGAAGCAUUAGUAGCUUUGCCGAGCUCGAAGUUAAAUUCCUUAGUCAUUUUAUGGCUUCCAAGAGGCAAGAGAAGUCUAACUUUCACCUAUUAAGCAUUACUCAACAUGAAGGCGAAUCGUUGUUUGCUUACCUCCAGCGAUUCCAUGACGGAGUCUUGGCGGUCAAAACCUAUUUUGAAGCGAUGAAACAAGCCAGGAGUUUUGUCACUGCUUCCGAUAUAUGUCAUCAAUUGGAUCCGACUUCCAAGAAGAGGAAGAGUAAAAAAAUGGCUGAGACUAGGGAGAAACCACAAAAUCAAAAUCAGGCUGCAAGAAGAGGUCCCGACCGAUUCGAAGGAGAAAGAAAAUAUUCACCACGGAAACUCAGAGAUGACGGUUAUGACACAAGAUUUAACCGCAAUAGAAGAGACAUCCAUCAGAGAUGA